AUGAUCAAAAUUCUUUUUUCUCUCCAAGUAUCGUUAUGAUGAUUGGCAUUUUUGGUUUUCACCUUUUUCCCUUUGGUUGACUCAUCUCUAGCAGCUUCUGAUGUUGUUUUAUCUUAUGAGAAUGGAGGAAGCAGUUCUCAGCUUAUGUCUCCUGAAGCAUGAACCAUGAAUUCAGACACUUUGGCUUAUAGCCCAAGUGUUAGUUCAGAAACUUUAUCCUGUAGUAGCAUUACCAAUACAGAUUACACCAAUAUUACACCUGCGAAAACACGAGUCCAUAAAAAUGCUGAUUUUUCUUUUUCAUUAACGAUAACUACUGGAGACUCAAAUUACGUUUUGAUUCUUGGAUUUUGCGACGACGGGCCAGCUACAAGACGAUUUGGUGUCAAAUUGGCAGGAACUUCUAUUUUACCAACAACAUUUGACCCAGGAAAUACUGUUGGGACAUGCAAAGUAUAUGAAGUUUAUGCUCUCUUUACUUUGACUAAUUCAGGAACAAAAAUUACACUUAACAGCUCAACAAUAACGCUCACUUCAACUAAUGUCAUUACUAUUACACUUGUAAAUGGAACUGGGCAAGAUCCAAUAAUCAAUUACACCAUUUUGGUUAAAGGUGAUUGCUCAAAAGCAAAUUAUUGCUCAAUGUGUAAUGAUCAACUAUGCACAACCUGUAAUGUAUCUACAAGAGUCUGCUCAACUUGUAUCUCUGGAACAAGCUUAAUCAACUCUAAAUGUUCCUGCAUUGCUCAGUAUUAUUAUAACUUUGUAGCAUCUGCAUGCCAACUUUGUGAUCAGCUCUGCUCAACCUGUGCUGGUGGAGGAGUCUUUGCUUGCACAACUUGCACUUCGACUUCGUAUUAUUUAAUUAAUACUGUCUGCUUAAUUGGGUGUCCUUAUGGAUAUUCAGGAUCUACUUGUGGUACAAGUCCAACAAAUUCUGUUAUUAAUGUAAAUUUUAAUCAAGACUUUGCGGAAAUUUAUGGAAUUUUUAACACUGGUACAAGUUCUUCUACUUAUCAGUUCUUUGUAAGCCCGGACAGUGUUGAUCCGAUUCCUUCAUAUUUACAAGGAUUUUAUUUUUCGAGCACAAGUCCUGGGUAUUACUUGGCUUCGAGCUCAACUCUUUGGCUUUCUCAUACUUUUUCUAUUGCUUUAUGGGCUUAUACACUUUUUGGGUGAUUAGAAACUUGAGAUUUUAAUGGAAUCUUGGUAAACUGCCUAAAGAUGCUCAUAUUAACUCAUAUUUUUUUAAUUUUUGAUAUUAUAAAAUGCAAAUGUUUAAAUAAAUAA